GUACGACUUUACUUGUUCUUCACCCGUGAAAUUUAUUAGAUCUAGAGCUCUUCAAUCCCUGAGAUUCUAAGUGAAAAAUGGCACUUUCGAAAGGCGUAUUUAUUGUGGCAGCUAAGCGUACACCAUUUGGUGCAUUUGGUGGUAAGCUGAAAGACUUUACAGCUGUAGAUUUAGGAGCGAUUGCUGCAGGGGCUGCAUUAAAGGCAGGAGGUAUCAACCCAGAAAUCAUUGACACAUGUGUUGUAGGCAGUGUUGGACAGAAUUCUCCUGAUGCUGCAUAUCUGGGGCGUCAUGUUGCUUUGAGAAACGGAGUGCCAGUUUCCACGCCAUGCCUCACUGUAAACAGACUCUGUGGAUCAGGCUUUCAGGCUAUAGUCUCAGCCACCCAGGAUAUCCUAACCAAUGACGCCAAUGUAGGGAUAGCAGGUGGCUCUGAACACAUGAGUGGAGCACCAUUCACUCUCCGUGGGGCACGAUUUGGCACUAAGCUAGGACAGGAUUUAAAACUAGAGGAUACUCUCUGGGCAACCUUAACAGAUCUCCAUAUCAAGACUCCCAUGGGAAUUACAGCUGAGAACCUGGCUGAGAAAUACAACAUUUCCAGAGAAGAAUGCGACACAUUUGCUCUCCAAUCUCAAUCUAGAUGGAAGGCAGCCCAAGAUGGUGGUAGAUUCAAAGAGGAGAUGGCUCCUAUUACAAUAAAGAGCAGGAAGGGUGAGGUUGUAUUUGAGGUUGAUGAGCACCCAAAGCCUGAGACAACCAUGGCUCAGAUAUCCAAACUGCCCCCAGUAUUCAAGAAAGGCGGAACUGUCAAUGCAGGAAAUGCAUCUGGAAUCUGUGAUGGAGCAGGUGCUGUAAUAGUUGCCAGUGAAGAUGCAGUCAAGCAACACAAUCUUACUCCUUUAGUUAGAAUAGUAGGAUACCAUAUAUCAGGCUGUGAUCCUAGCAUUAUGGGAAUAGGACCAGUACCAGCAAUCACAAACCUGCUCCAGAAGACAGGGAAGACUUUAGCUGAGAUUGACCUUGUUGAGAUAAAUGAAGCUUUUGCACCUCAGACUAUAGCUUGCGCUAAAGAAUUAGGUAUAGACAUGUCCAAGCUGAAUGUUAAUGGUGGUGCCAUUGCUCUAGGUCACCCUGUAGGCUGCUCAGGUUCCAGAAUUACUGCUCACCUUGUAGCUGAACUUAAACGCACUGCUAGUAAAUAUGCUAUUGGAUCAGCCUGUAUUGGAGGAGGUCAGGGUAUUGCUCUACUAUUUGAAAACUUACAAUAGAAAGUGGCCUGGACAUUCAAGGGUUAAAAUUAGACAUUGACAUUUCCAAAAAUGAUUCCAGAAAACCUUAUAUUUUAUAAUACCUUAUAUUAUUAAUUGAAAUCUACUUUCCAACAAAUUAUUCGCUAUUUAGCACCACAAAGUUUUACAUGACAUUGCAAAAUUUUUGACUGACAAAAUGAUUAACCAUUUAUUACAUUACUUCAGACAGAUACUUUGGCAGGAGAAUGAGCGUUCAAUUUUAUUCAUACCAUUUCAACGAAAAAUUUUCUAUAUUAUUGCCAAUUAUACAGAACAGUCAAAUUCAUUUAUUUUUUCUUUUAUUGCUCCCUUGAGUAAUAAAAACCAAAAUGUUAUACAAAAUAUUUGCAAUAAAUUAUUUUCUAGUUUAAAUAAUAUACUGUAUAAUACAUUGUGUAUAUAGAAUGUGCAUUAAAUUACAUACUUUUAUACAGAAAUAAAUGUUUAUUAUUUACAGUAAUUACAGCAAAA